UUCUUCCUAUUUUGCACUGCAUGAAUACAUGGUGAAUCUGUGCAUGCUCAUAGCCGCCUAGCUAGCUUAGGCAGCCGCCCCCACCUUUUGCUUUAAUGCAAAACCUAUUCGGAGUCUCGGACAUUCUUCCUGAUCUCCUUCUUCAUCUUAUUCUUUACAAACUCAACUGGCUUCCUAUGGAAAACUACCAAAUGUUCUUCCCCUGUUCUUCUACUGGGCGGCAGUCAAGUUUUCCUAUCUCAACAAACAUGGGAAGCUCUAAUGUUUUUCAGAAACUUCUUGGUGUGAGCUCGAAUGGGACGUUCUUGGGGUUGGGGACAGAAAACCUUCUCCCAAAAAGAUCGGCAGAGGUCGUUAAACAACCAGCUGAUGAUCAGUGCUGCCCCGUUAGUUCAAAUGGAAGCUUUGCUGGGGAAGAAAGCAAGGGAAAACAAGGUAAGAUCAAGAAGGGGGAGAUCAAGAAGAUUAGGAAGCCCAGAUAUGCUUUUCAAACUAGGUCUCAGGUUGAUAUACUCGAUGAUGGCUAUCGGUGGAGAAAAUAUGGUCAAAAGGCAGUUAAGAACAACAAAUUUCCGAGAAGCUACUAUCGUUGUACGUUUCAAGGUUGCUGUGUAAAGAAGCAAGUUCAACGCCUAACCAAAGAUGAAGACAUCGUGGUGACUACUUAUGAAGGGGCGCACAUCCAUCCAAUAGAGAAGCCAACUGAUAACUUUGAACAUAUUUUGAGUCAGAUGCAAUUUUACACUCCUUUUUGAAGCUGUCUUCAUCAUCAUCACAUGAUCAUCAUUCGAUUUAUUUAUGUAACCGGCCACCUGCCUCCGGCCGCCUCGGUUAAUGUCAAAAGAUAUGGCACAACUGCCUAGAACUUUAAA